CAUUUCCUGUUACUAUUGUAUCACACUCCCAUGUUUUCCGUCUCAAACAGCAACCGUUAUGUAAACCACAGACGUUGUCACUGUCGUGUGAUUUGUCGCACAUAUAAAGUUAGUGAACACGUCCCGUCACCGCAGAGGGAAACAACAUGGCGACCAACUGUGUGGUUUUCCAGAGCAAGUUAACCUCCAUCAUGGAGAUCUUCGCUAAAGCUGCUGUGGUGGAGAUCAGUAAACUGUGGGAGGACGGGUUCAACCUCGUUCAGGUGGAGCUGCGCCGCAGAGAGAGCGAGAUUGAAGCUCUGAACAGAAAGCUGCUGAUGAUGGAAAAAGAGCGGUGUCACACUACAAGUCUGUCUUCAUCAUCAUCUUCCUCAUCAUCUUCCUCCAAAAGAGAGCAACAUAACGUGCUGCUGCUGCCGCCCAACGGUGAUGGGCCGAUUUUAGAUUCAGUGCAGACAUUGUGUUCUGAUCAGAGCGUCAGAGAGAAGGCGGACACUUCAGCGAAUCACCAAACAUCACCAUCACAGACAGAAGAGAUACAAUGUGAGCAGCUCAAGUCGGACCUCUGUUUGAGUGACGAGGAUGACGAUGAAGACCUAAUAGUGAAGCUCGAGGACGAGGACGACGUUCAGAUCGUGGAGCAGACUGUGGAAACGGAUCACAGCGUUAACGAUGGUCACCUUGAGCUGGAAGUGGACCUCCAACCUGUCGAGGCGAUGGAGGAACAAGAGAGCCAGCAGUGGUCGUCUGUUUCCGUGGGAGACAGCGACACUGCGGACGACUCGGACUGCUUCUUUGAGCCGAAGCAGCUGGCACAACAUCUGGACUCAGAAAUCCUGCUCAUUCAGAACGCUUUGGACAUUUUUGAAAGUUCCUCCGAGGCAGCGUACUCGGACAGGUUUAUGAGGGAUGAUGGACAAGGUGCAUCGAGUAAAUCAACCAUGACUUUAAGCCAAGCUCAGCCAAGUCAAACUAUAGAAGCAUUAAACCCAGAGAGAGGAGUGUCCAUCAGGUUCUGCCCAGAUAAACAAUCUCCAACUAAAGACUUAUCAGCUUUUAACCCGGACAGCCGAUUCUUUCUUUUUAACGACCCCGAGUUGCAUAAAACGAUAGCGAGUGGCCGCAUUAAGGAGAAGUGGUACAUCUGCCCGUUCUGCGGUAAAAGCUUCGAUCGCGUCAGCCAUCUGGAGAUUCAUCAGAGGAUUCACACGGGAGAGAAGCCGUACACAUGCGAGACGUGUGGAAAGUGUUUCUCUCAGAGGAGCAACCUGCGCACUCACCAGCGGACUCACAGAGAGGCUAGUCUUAACCAAAACGCAGUUUGAAGAUUGUUGUGCGAAAAGCUAGAACUAUGUGUGUCGAGAUGAACUAACCAAUUCCCUUUUUAUAAUACUAAAGAGUAAUGUAGCUGACUGAUUUUACUGUGCAUUUGUUCUUUAUUUUAAAAUAUAUUUUAACUUUGACAUAGGUUGGAGUGUAAAGACUCAUGUUUGGACUUGUGUACUGUUCGUUAACCCAGCCAGUUAAGAGAUUCAUAAAGAAAACAAACAUGUGGGGACAUCCCGCACCUCUCGCACGAUGGUUAACUUUGCAAAUCUACACAUGAACAUUAUUUCAGUUAUCAGAAAUAAUGAGGAUGUUAACUUGUAAACCAGGAAAUCUAAUAUAAGUUUAAAAAAUGUUGCGUUUCUGCAGCAGCUGUGAUCUAUGAUCCUUCCAUCUUCAUGUUUGAGGUAACACAAACUAAAUUGUUUGAAGUUUUAAUAAAGAACAACGACUCAUACGCUGUACUUUUACAAAUAAACCUUUUAACAUGUAUAUGUCUCUUUUUCAAUUUCAUAGAAAAACAAAAAAUGUACAUUUCGACACAACCGAGACGCUGAUACAGAUCGUUGCUCUGCUGUUUGGGUCUGGUUAUGGAUACCAGUUAGCUGCUUGUAUCCAUAGAGUAACCGUCUGUGUUCAGGUCUGCACCCUUUUUGACAUUCUUGUAGUUGGCCUUUAAUGACUUACAUUUAUACAGUAUCUCCUUAUAGCUCUUCCUUAUUUACAUACAUAUGUUACAUACACAAAUUCACACACAUCAGCUGCAUCCAGGCUGAAAAUACCAAAGCUUUGAGGACAGUUGACUCUUGAUAUGACCAGGCAUUAGAGCUCAGAAACUGUGUCCCUGUCUUGAUGUUCCUCCCUGAAGGAUUGUAAACUAGGCACCUUAUGUUGGCAGUCAGGAUAAAUUGGGACUCUCCCUUUUGUGGAUUUACAUAUGUACAAGUCACCAGAGCAGAGGUUGGGUGAUUUCGGCCCCCUGCAGUUAAAACAGUAAACAUUCUUGUAACAGGAACCUUAUUCCUUACACGUUCAAGGAGAAAAUGAAUUCUAAUUUACAUGCUAUUGUGGUUAACAAAGGCAAAACAUGCUGUCAA